CUUAUUACGGCGGCGGCGGGGGGCUCUGCCCACUGCCUCUCGGCGCCGCUCGCUCCUCCGCGGCGGGGGGUGGGGGGUCCUCGCCGCACCAUGGGCAGCCAGGGCUCCAAGGCGGCCAAGGCGGAGGGCAGCGACCCGCCGGGAGGGCACGCAGCCGUCGCCGAGCCCUCCAAAGCCAACGGGCAGGAGAACGGCCACGUGCGGCUCAACGGGGACAUGACGCCCAAAGCGGGAGCUGACCCCGCGCCCCUCAACGGCACCGGCUCCGCCGAACCUCCCCGGGAGGAUGGCACGGGCGGGGCGGGCGGUGAGGACGCCAUCGAGCCGGCCCCCCCCGCGGACGGCGGGGAGGCGAAGCCCGAAGGCGCCGCGGCCCCCAAAGACACCCCCAAGAAGAAGAAGAAGUUCUCCUUCAAGAAAUCCUUCAAGCUGAGCGGGAUCUCCUUUCGGAAGAACAAGAAAGACAACGGGGACUCCGCCGCGUCCUCCCCCACGGAGGAGCAGAGCAAAGCGGAGCCCAAAGCCGAGGAGAACCCCGCGAGCGGGACCGGCCCCCAGGAGGAGCGGGGCGGCGAGGGGCAGAGCGGGGCCGAGCCCAAAGGGGAGGACGGAGCGCACAGCGCGGAGGAGGAGAAGCCGCCCGCGGAGAGCCAGGGGGACGCGGCCGAUGCCCAGCAGCCCCCCGAGCCCACGGGGGCUGAGCCCGCGGCGGCGGAGCAGCAGCAGCAGGAGGAGGAGAAGGAGUAGAGCCCCGCGGUGCCGCGCUCCUAGGACUGGUCCCUUCACCCCUCUCACCCCGCGCACACGGACUCCGCCGUUCCCACGCACCUCCCCGUCCGACGCGGAACUGACAGCGCUCCCCCCCCGCCGCUAGGACCUCCUCCCUGCCCCCCCCGGCGCGCAGCUCUGGGUCCCCACGUCACCGCCGCCCGGAGCCGCUGCCCGCGCCCACCGCCACCCGCGGCCAGAACUGGAAUUUACCGAUUGUGGGAGCCCGGAGCCCCGCACCGCUCCGAUCCUUCCUCUCCGUUUACAUCCCCGGGUCUGACUUCAUUUAAAGUAUCUCGCGCUUUUUAUAGAAACCAAGCGGUUUGAGAGCUAAUCUGGUUAGGUUUGGGGGUUUUAUUGUUUCUUUCUUUUUUUUUUUUUUUCUAUGAAGUCUUUACUUUUGGCUUAAAAAACCCUAACGCUUGUAAGUCCGCUGUUUAAUUCUGCUUCUAUAGGGAACUCCUGGGGUCGGGGUGGAGGGGGGGCCCUGCCGGCUGUAUAAUGUGAAGCAACGCUGUUUCCUCUGUAAAUAAUUUUUUUAAUGGCCAAAACACUUGAUCUGCGAUUUUCUAACUUCGGGAGGAAGGAAGGAAAAAGAAAACCACACCAAGCUGUAUGGGUUCUGCUGUAACAUGGGAAAGGAAUAAACGGUGAUCCCUUCA